CCGUGAUGGUCACGUGAUGACUCGGGGGAUACGGUGGAUCCUCCCGCUCGGGCCAUCAUCAUCAUCACCACCACCUCCACCACCAUCAUCACUGUAACGAGGACGAGUUUUUUUUCCCUAUAAAGAAGAUGAAGCCUCUCUGAAUGAGGAGAUACGUGUCGUUAUUUGGGCUGUGGAGCGCCGUGUGUCGGGUUGGACGGAUUUCCGCGCUGGGACGAGGAACAAACAAAUGACCGACUGGGUGAGAUGUGUGUUGAAUGGAAACCGAAACACGAGGGAUAAACUCUUCGCUCUUCAGCUGGAUAACCGGUGCACUACCAUUCUUUUUGGCUUUAUACCUUGAACGUUUUCCUGUUUCCUUGUUAUUUUAUUGUUACGUAUGUUGAUUAGGGAAUGUGUGAACUGGAGUCUCCGAGCCGCCUGUGGGUGAGAUGAUGUUCUCCUUCGGGCAGCCAUAAGAUCAUUUUGGGUCUCUUUUUCCGAUUUUAACUCGUACCCACGCUUGUGUCGUGACUUUCAUUAGGACAGACUUCUUCUUUUUUUAUUUCUUCCCCCCCCCCCCAAGACAUUUUGGAUGAACCGUCCAUUGGACACCAGUAGGGCAUUCACGUUCUUCAGCCUGAAGAUGUCCAUCUGAAUGUUGCUUUGGAUUUACUUUAAUACACAAAGGGACAUCCAGGACCUCUUUGUUAGCCAUUAGUAAAUAUCUGGGAGGAGGGGAACAAGAAAACAAACUGUUGCCCCUGACAAGCCGGUGGGAUCUACAGGAUUUUCAUUCUCAUUGCUUUUCAUCGACCACAAAAUGGCCAAUGAUUCAAUUCAAAGUGAUCCGGGUGGGUUGUCCGUUCUGGAACAGCUAGGUCUGGACCAUGGCUCAGACUUUUCAGAUACAAGCGUGCAGCAGCGGCUGGAUGAGGAACGUGAGAAGAUCCGCCGUGAGAUUCGCAAAGAGCUAAAGAUCAAGGAAGGAGCAGAGAACCUGAGACGUGCAACCACAGACAAACGCAAUGCCCAGCAAGUGGACAGCCAGCUGCGCACCUCCAACCGGCGUCUCCAAUGCCUCCAUGACCAGCUCCAGGAGCUUGAUGCCCAUAUUGUUGUCAAAGGAACAGAUGAUGCUCGUGAUGAUGUGCCCCGGUCUCCUGGCACAGAGAGUCGAACCUCGGCCCAUCAGGACCGUAUUGCCGCACUGGAGAGGCAGCUUAACAUAGAGCUUAAAGUCAAGCAAGGUGCUGAGAACAUGAUCCCUAUCUACGCCAACAGCUCAACCAAGGAUAAAAAGAUGUUGCAGACCGCACAGCAGAUGCUCCAGGACAGCAAAACCAAGAUUGACAUCAUUCGCAUGCAAAUUCGCAAAGCAAUGCAGGCUCACGAGCACAAUGAGGACAUACAAGGAAAGCCCGACCCAUGUGGGAUAGAGCUGAGGAUCGAGGAGCUGAGGCAUCACUACCGAGUAGAGCAUGCUGUUGCAGAGGGAGCCAAAAAUGUUCUGAGGCUGUUGGGAGCCAACAAAGUGCAGGACAAAAAAGCCAUGUCCGAAGCUCAGUGUCGUCUGAGUGAGUCCACUCAGAGGCUGGAUCUACUGAAGGUCUCUUUAGACCAGCGCCUGGCUGAUCUACCCGAGGAUCAUCCCAAAGCCUGUCUAAUCAAAGAGGAGCUCGUCCUGGCCUCCUCACCCACAUUCAGCUCACGUCACAGCACCCCCUACCUGCACAACCAGUACAGCACACUGUCUAAACCCUCUCCUCUCACUGGCAUGCUACAGGUGAAAUUACUAGGCUGCGUGGGCAUGUUGGAAGUGGUUCCGGGCCGUAGCCGUGGCAGCCCGGUGGUGUUGCCGUGCCACAGUCCCGGCGAGGCUCGCUCCUUCAUGCGCAGUGGAAAAGGGCUGUACAGCCGCAGUGGCAGCGUUAGUGGCAAGAGCACACUGAAAACAGAUGAGCUCUCCUCGGACGUGAGUGCUGUGCUGAAGCUGGAUAACACUGUGGUGGGUCAGACAGCGUGGAAGACAGUUGGAGAAAAUACUUGGGACCAAACAUUCACCAUAGAGUUGGAAAGGUCUAGAGAAAUGGAGAUAGCUGUGUAUUGGAAAGACUAUCGCUCUCUGUGUGCCCUGAAAUUCCUGAAGCUGGAGGAUUUCCUGGAUAACCAGAAACACACAGUUAAGCUGGAGCUGGAACCACAGGGCCUGCUGCUGGCUGAGGUGACAUUCUUUAACCCAGUCAUUGAAAGGGUUCCACGCCUUAAGAGGCAGAAGAAAGUGUUCUCUAAGCAACAGGGUAAAGCUUUCCUACGUGCGCGCCAGAUGAACGUGGAUAUCGGCACGUGGGUGCGGCUGUUAAGAAACGCCAUUCCGACCGUUAACAACACGGGAACCUACAGUCCCAAUGCUGCUCACACGAUACAGUCUGGGGAGAUCUCUGUAGAGAAACUGAGCCUGGACUCGGAGUCCCCCAUGAAAGUGGAACUCAGGAGAGACAUGACAGAUGGACAGACACCGGAAAAAACGAAUAUCAUUGAGCCUCCUCAGGACUCUACACCUCAACGACCCAACAGAACACACUCGCUCAGCGGCAAACAGAAGAAAACUCCAUUGGGGCUUCAGAAUUUCAGGUUGAUUGCUGUGCUGGGUAGAGGUCAUUUUGGCAAGGUAUUGCUGGCGGAAUAUAAGAAAUCAGGCUCAAUGUAUGCUAUUAAAGCACUUAAGAAAGGAGACAUUGUAGCCCGAGAUGAAGUGGAGAGCCUGAUGUGUGAGAAGCGGAUCUUUGAGAUCGUGAACAGCUCUCAGCACCCGUUCCUGGUGAAUCUGUUUGCGUGCUUCCAGACGGCGGAACAUGUGUGUUUUGUCAUGGAGUACACAGCGGGCGGAGAUUUAAUGAUGCACAUUCAUGCUGAUGUAUUCAACGAGCCACGGGCUGUGUUCUAUGCUGCCUGUGUGGUGCUUGGCCUUCAGUUUUUACACGACAACAAGAUUGUAUAUCGGGACCUAAAAUUGGACAAUCUGCUGCUCGACACAGAAGGAUACGUUAAAAUUGCUGACUUUGGACUGUGUAAAGAAGGAAUGGGCUUUGGGGACAGGACGAGUACGUUUUGUGGCACUCCGGAGUUUCUCGCUCCAGAGGUUUUGACAGACACGUCCUACACACGGGCAGUGGACUGGUGGGGACUCGGAGUUCUGAUCUACGAGAUGCUUGUCGGAGAGUCUCCAUUUCCAGGAGAUGACGAGGAGGAGGUGUUUGACAGCAUAGUGAACGACGAAGUCCGUUACCCGCGAUUUCUGUCGUCAGAGGCGAUCGGCAUUAUGAGGAGGCUGUUGAGGAGGAAUCCGGAGAGGAGGCUGGGUUCUGGAGAGAAAGAUGCUGAAGAAGUUAAGAAACAGCCUUUCUUUAGGAAUAUGGACUGGGAGGCUCUCCUCCAGCGUAAACUUCCUCCCCCGUUCGUUCCCACUGUCGGAGACAAAGAGGACGUGAGUAACUUUGAUGAAGAAUUCACAACGGAAGCGCCCACCCUCACGCCGCCCAGAGAACCCCGCGUGCUCUCGCGCAAAGACCAGGACAGCUUCCGUGACUUUGACUAUGUCUCUGACCUCUGCUGAGCUCCUGUAACACUCACACAAAAUCCAGGGGUCAUGAAUCUUCUAGGAUUGUUUAUUUCUUCCCACUGUUAUAAAGAAAGACGGUCAUAACCACUACACUGUGACACAGCAAAGAUGAAGGGCUGCUGAUUACGAUGGCUUGUGUGUUCAAGAGAAGACCUGGCGUUUUUACACUGUGAUUGAGGACGAAAUUGCAAAAGACCAGAAAUGUAAAAGAAAUGAGGAUUUCUUUUUUUUGUUUUUCAAAAUCCAACAUUUAUUCAUGUGCCGGAUGCUUCUCUACAGAGUGACCUAUAAUUGAGCCAGAAUCCAGUUUAAGCACAUGGCUAAGCAAAGUAAGGGGACACAAAAGAGGCUCUCAGACAAACCUGGGCUUUGAACUUUCCAGCCACAAGUACAGAGUCCUCUCCACUGAGCUACCACUGCCCGCUUGCAGUUAAAAUGUCGUCUUUGCUGUUUGUCUGUCUCUAAAUUUCACCUCUCAGCCAUUCGGUAAAAGAAGAUCCUCUUUUUUCUUACUUGACACGGUGUUUGGACCCAUUGAAACGCUUUUACAUUCUCAAAAGAAAUGGGAAUGCCUUAAUUUUAUACACUGUCUGUUUAGACACUUUUAGUCUUAGAUCUCUUAUAAGCAUGUUCGUCGAAACAAAGAAACUGAAAAAGAUCUUGGAAACGGGUGGAGUGAUGUGAGACAGAAUGAGAAAUUAUGAAAAGUCACUUGAUAGAAAAUAGUGCUACGUACAUUUACAGAAUUGGAUUGUGCAUCAAAUACUCCUCAUACAAUUCACAUUAUAUAUAAUACUGUGGUUAUAGCACCAGGCAUAUGACAUCAACCCCACCACCCCAACUUUUUAACUAACAAACAUAACUCAGAUACUUGGUGCCCAACUCUAGACAUUAGUCUUAAACCAGUGCUCAUUGAACAUCACAGAACAGAUGAUAGUUUAGCUAGGGGUGUAAACUAGAGGUCGGCCGAUCAUGGAUUUUUACAGAUAUCGAUAGCUAGAUUGGAUUGUACUAGCCAAUAACCUAUUAAUCAAAUGAUAACUUUAAAAUAGAUUCCGGAUAAAAACACUCUGGGAAAAAAAAAAAAAUCACUCCAUGUACAAUAGUACUGAACUUUAACUUUAACUAAAAAACGAUACUGAAUCCUGAAAAUGUGCAAAAAUAAAAAAAUAUUAAUAUAUUAAUUAAUAAAUAUCAUUAUAUUAUUCAUAAAUUGUAAAAAUUAAUAUAGUAUAUAAUGCAGCAUGUAGUCUCACGUGUAAAAAAAAAAAACAGCACGUGGUGUCAGUCAUUUGCCUCUAGAGGCCGCUCUUGUAAUGACGACAAACGCAAGCAGGAAAAACUACCGGUAUGGAUUUUUGCCGAUAGAUCCAGCAAUCUAUUGGUGCAAAUUAAUCUGCAAAACAGAUGAAUCGGUCGACUUUUAGUGUGAACCUUAGGCUUGCACGUGAUGUGCUACAAAUCUUAUUUGAUGACAUUCCUGAAUCUGCUAUGGUGUGCUAUAAUUUGAUUCAGCAGCCUUCUACUGAUUAGAAUCUGGUGUAUCUGUAUCGUUAAUUCGCAAAUUAUCAUGAUGAUGAUAAUGAGAAAGACUAUUUUAUGUAUCAGCGUUACCGGCAAAAUGAAACAGGCAAAAAAAUUGUUUACCUGUUUACAGCUCAAUUUAAAAAUUCAUAAUUGUUGAUUUGUGGUUGUCAGUAACUUUGGAUUUUAAUUUGAUGCACUGAUCAUCAUUACAACUCGUUAUACUGUAAUCCCGCGUUUAGAAAUGAAAAACCGUGAUAAACCCCAAAAAUGCUAUUAUAUGUAUACAGUGCUUUACUGUAUUAACAUUUUACAUUUUAUAAUUAAUAAUUUUAUUUUUAUUGAUAAAUGUCAUUAUUUCAACAUAAAACUCCAUAAAAAAACAAUUCCCUAUAAGUUUUUUGGUCUGUCGUGCUAUCCGUGAGAGACCGGGAAAAUCAGCCAAAAAAUUAGUUAUGUGACAAAUGCAAUUUAGCGAAAAAGCGGGGAUUACUGUACCCCGAUCUUAAACACAUCCAAAUGUACUUUUACCUCAGAACAGUUUGGGAUUAAAUUAUUGCAAUGAAGGACAUAACAGGUUCCGAUCAAAACCUGCUGUGAGUUCUUGGGUUUUUUCCCCCUGUUUCUUUUAAUGAAGGAUGAAUUUUUUAGUUCUUGUCUUUUUUUUUCUAUGUUGUGGGUGGAAAUAUGUAGCAAAUUGUUUUUACAAAUCCUAAUCCUGUAUUUGUUACAUUUCUACCCAUUUUAUAUUUCCCCUCUUUGGAAUUGCUGGCUUGUGUCAGAUAUGAAUACACUGUGAUAAACCUGUAGCACAACUCCUUGGUAGACUAUUUUCCUGAAGACGCCGUUAACGUCUGUGCUUCACAACCAUUACGACAUCCGGACAGUAAAUCAGACUUCACUCUGUUUUCACUUUCCAGUGAUCUGGAGGUCAGUAUCAAUCCUGUCUAUCCAGUGUACACCUAUACACAACAUUUGAGAUGAGCUCUAUUUAUAAAGAUGUGUUGUACAAAA